UACCCUGUAUUCAGUCAAACAUGUACCGAAUCGUUAAAUUUCACUUCCUUUUUAAAUAAACCUUGUUUGAGGUAAUAGUAUUGUAAUAGACGAAAACAAAAUGUCGAUUGGAUAUAUCACUUUUGUAUUUGCACACAUAGUCUAUUUAAGUAUAUCAGCUGAAUAUGGCGAGUUUUGUACAAGAAAUAUUGACUGUACAGGGAUAGGUCAGGUGUGUGAUGUCAACGUUAAUACAUGUGUUUGUUAUGCAGCUAACAACUACAGUUAUGUAGACAGCGAAAAGAAGUAUUAUAAGGGGCAAUGUGUGAAAGAUCUUGGAACAGAUUGUACAAAUGUAGCAGAUUGUAAUGGUGUUAAUGUCAUCUGUGAUAAUGGUAAAUGUAAAUGUAACACAACCAUAAACUAUCUUGACCAUCUUUUUAUGGGAGGACCUUGUUUUGCUGAGCCAGGAAUUGACUGUAAAGAUGCAGAUGACUGUAAAGAUAGACAUAACAUAUGUGUUAAUGGUAAAUGCAAAUGCAACACGACCACACACUUUGACGUUCCUGGUGUAAGAGAGGGGGAGGAAUGUGAAACUAAAAGUGCACUGGGAGAAGACUGUGCUUUCCCUUUUAAAGUUUUGAGCCAAUGCCUCGAUAACAAUGCUGUUUGUACAUUAAAUGUUGACCCAUACCGAGAAAAGUGCCAAUGUAAAGAUGGCUUUUAUAGUAUUGGAGGCAGUUGUGUCAAAGAGAAAAUUAUUGGUGAAACAUGUACAGCAGCAACUCAAUGUUCAGCAGAAAAUUCCCAAUGUACAGGAUUAUGUACUUGCAAGACUGGAUAUUUCACAAAGGGAAACUUUUGUCUGAAGAGAUAUCUCGGUGAGACUUGUGAAACAGAUUCCCAUUGCUCUCAAAUUACUGAUAGUGAAUGUAGUAAUGGUUAUUGUUCCUGUCAAUUGGGAUUCUUCAAGACGGCAAACGGUCAAGCAGGCAGAUGUAAAAAGAGACAUUUAGACGAGAGUUGUGAUGCCAAUUUCCAUUGUAGAGAAGCAAACAGUGAAUGUAGGGACUCUACAUGUUUAUGUAAGAGUGGCUACUACCAGACAGUCAUCGGACCAUUGGGCAUUUGUAUUAAGAGAUAUUUGGAUCAAAGUUGCGAAGAUGAUUCUCAAUGUAAAGAGGAUAAGAGUGAGUGUACCAGUAAUAAAUGUUUAUGUAAGAAUGGUUACUAUCAAACAGGGACCGGAUCAAAUGGUACAUGUACAAAGCAAGAAAUAGGAGAAGCGUGUUCAGACUCCGAUCAAUGUUCAGCUGUCAAUACAGAAUGUUAUAUUAGUGGAAGUGGAGUAUGCCGAUGUCAAUAUGGAUAUUACGAUACAAAUGGUCCAGAAUCCGGUGGAUCCUGCGCUUUAAAGGUUUCUCUCGGUGGAAUAUGCCCACAACCAACAGCGUCUGUUCAAAACACAGCUACCUGCUUCGACAAUAAUACAAGAUGUAUGUCAGAUGGUAACUUUUAUACAUGCCAAUGUGUUGGUACUUAUUACGACAACCAAAACAGUAAGAGCAGGCGAUGCAUCUUAAGAAAAGCUCUUGGAGAAACAUGCGACAAACCAGUUUACAACAAAGACCAAUGUUUAGAUUCAAGUGCUUCAUGUAUUUAUGAGAGUAUGAAUGAUGUUCAAAAGUGUAAAUGUAAUGAUAAAUAUCGUCAAAUACAAGCAAAAUGUGCUGCUGAUACAGCACUCGGAACGUAUUGUAAUGCGGCUUCCACUGUUGUUAACUGUUCAGACCCUUCUGCCCAAUGUUUGGACAGCAAAUGCACAUGUAAUACCGAUAGUUAUGAUGAUAAUGGACUUACAGCCGGCGGAACAUGUAUGUCAAUGACAAAUUUAAAGGUUACAAAUAUAGGAUUCAAUUCAUUACAAACAAACAAAAUAGAAGUUAUAUGGACAACAAUCAAGAAUUAUAAACAGUACAUAAACAGGUUUAAAGUGAUUUGGAGACCAACCAAAGGUGAUGAUGUAAGCACCGAGUCAGUAGACCUAGCCUCCAAUAGUACAACAUACACAAUGACACAAGAAAUAGAUCCUGGUAGAGCUUAUACAGUUACAAUCAUCUCAAUCAACGAUCAAACACAACUAGGAUCUUCUCGUAGUACAUCUGUUGUUAGUUACCAGGCUGCAAAACCAGGUAUUACAAGCGGAAUCGAUGAGUCAAACUGUGAUAAAGAUGCCAGUGAUGGUACCAUAACAGUUGCUUGGUAUGAUGCCUCUGGUUACAUAAGUGGCUACAUUGUAGAACUUAUAGAUGAAGGAACUGUAAUAUCAACAAAUUCUGUUGAUAGUUCAGCUGCAACAUUUUCAAAUACAGACCUUAAGGAAGGAUAUACAUAUAGUGUUACAAUACAGGCAAAAAGUGAAAUGUAUGGUGGAAAUGCUGAAAACGGUGAAAUAUUUAUUGCUGUUUUCAAAACAAGUCCUAAAAAGUCACUAUUAGAUGAGACUUGUAAUAAAAGUUCUGAGUGUGCAGAACAGAAUAAAAUUGAAUGUAGGAAUUAUAAAUGUCUAUGUAGAGAUGGGUACUAUCAAAAUGGAACAGGUUCAAUGGGUUCUUGUACAAAACGGCAGUUGGGAGAGGUAUGUACAGAAUCUAAUCAGUGUUUAACAAACAACGCGGAAUGUAGAAAUAGUAGCAGUGUAAAAGUUUGUCAGUGUCGAAUUGGAUACUUUGAUUACGAAUAUGACGGAUCUUGUAGUUCUCAAAAAUGCAAUAAAUCCAAUCAAGUUAUCAUCGUUGGAGUAAUUCUAGGGCUAAUGAUCAUACUUCUGCUCGCGUAUGCUGGAUAUGCAACGUAUCUUAUAAGAAGAUACAGGCAGAAAGGUCAAAGAUAA